GAGCCCGGCCCGCCGCCCGCCGCCUCGCCCCCAUGAUGGGCUCGGUGCUGCCCGCCGAAGCCCUGGUGCUCAAGCCCGGGCUGAAGCCGCAGGGGCUCUCCCUGGCCGAGGUGAUCACGUCCGACAUCCUGCACAGCUUCCUCUACGGCCGCUGGAGGAACGUCCUGGGCGAGCAGCUCUUCGAGGAGAAGAGCAGCCCCAAGACCGCCUUCACGGCCGAGGUCCUGGCGCAGUCCUUCUCCGGAGAGGUGCAGAAAUUGUCCAGCCUGGUGCUGCCGUCGGAAGUGAUCAUCGCGCAGAGCUCCAUCCCCGGGGAAGGGCUGGGCAUCUUCUCCAAGACCUGGAUCAAGGCUGGGACCGAGAUGGGACCUUUCACAGGCCGGGUUAUCUCGCCGGAGCAUGUGGACCUGUGCAAGAACAACAACCUCAUGUGGGAGGUUUUCAACGAAGACGGCACCGUGCGGUACUUCAUCGAUGCCAGCCAGGAGGACCACCGGAGCUGGAUGACCUACAUCAAAUGUGCCCGCAACGAGCAGGAGCAGAACCUGGAGGUGGUCCAGAUCGGGAACAGCAUCUUCUACAAGGCCAUCGAGAUGAUUCCUCCGGACCAAGAGCUGCUGGUGUGGUACGGGAACUCCCACAACACCUUCCUGGGCAUCCCAGGCGUGCCGGGGCUGGAAGAGGAGCAGAAGAAGAACAAGCACGAGGACUUCCACGCGGUGGAGGCGGGCGCCAGCACCACGGGGCGCAUGCGCUGCGUCAUCUGCCACCGCGGCUUCAACUCCCGCAGCAACCUGCGCUCCCACAUGCGCAUCCACACCCUGGACAAGCCCUUCGUGUGCCGCUUCUGCAACCGCCGCUUCAGCCAGUCCUCCACCCUCCGCAACCACGUCCGCUUGCACACCGGCGAGCGCCCCUACAAGUGCCAGGUUUGCCAAAGUGCCUACUCGCAGCUCGCCGGGCUCCGGGCCCACCAGAAAAGCGCCCGCCACCGGCCCCCCAACGCCUCCCUGCAGGCUCACUCGCCGGCCCUGCCCGUGCCCCAUCCCGCCGCCCUGGCCCACCACAUCCCCACCAUGGUGCUGUGAGCCGCCGGCGCGGCGGGGGGGUCGCGGACAGCCGGCGGCGGGGGGCCGAGCCCGGCGCUGAGACGUGCCGUGCAGCGGGGGGUGCCGACCCGCGGCGGAGCGGGGGGGCAGAGGCAGGGCUGCGGCGGGUGUCGAGCGGGCACGUCGGUUUGGUUUUGGAGCGUCCCUGUCCGUGCGGGGUUUGGGGGGCGGGUUGGUGAGCGAGGGGUCCCCCCGCCCCGGCUCUGCCAGCCUCCCGGGGCAGCCGCGCCGGGCUGGAGCCUCCCCAGGAGAAGCGGGGCACCAUGUCCCUCGUCCCUGGGACUGGCAGAGGGGGCGAAGGGAUGGUGCCUCCGAGGCAGAAAAUAAGAUGUCUCGGGUGGAUUUGCCAGUGCACUGCGGGAGGGCCGGGGCAGCCCAAAAGCUGAGCCGGGCUGAGUCACACCCGGGUUUUACAGGUAAUUUGACGGAAAGAAAAAUUGCUCUUGUCCUUCUCCUCCUCUGCUCUGGCGAGAGCCCAGCAGAGACGCGUCGCCCUGCUCGGCGGCUGGCGCAGCCCCGCAGAGGCCGUCGCCUUCGUGCCCGUCUGCCCCGGGGGGGUGGCGUUGCCCCGGGGGGCUCUUCCCAAGGGAGAGACGGCCGAGCCCCAGCGCCGCCCCCUCGGGAGCCCUGCUUUGGCAGUCGGUCACCCCGUCCCCGCGGGCCACGCGUCCCCGAUGCCUCUGGACAGUGGCAUGGGCAGAGGCCACGGGGACGCCCCGUCCGCGGGCAGGUCCUGGGGGGUCUCUGCGCUCUGCCAGGCUGUGCCUGCUCCAGCCCGGGGGCCGUCGCUCCCCUCGCUCCCUGCAGCCUGUCGGGAACAUUUAAAUUUACUUCUACUGCCCUCUGGGGACAGAGAAAGCCCGUCCCUGGGCCGGCUCUGUCCCCAGGGACAACUCUAAGCGCCCUCUGGAGUCCUGCCACAAGCGAGAGGAGGGCUUUGUAUCAUAAAGCUUAAAAGAAGGUAUUCUAAUAUUAAUUAUAAGUCUAAGAUGUAUAAAGUUUUCACAAACUGUGUUUUACUUCCAGGAAAAAAAAAAAAAAAGAAAAAGAAAACCAACUGUCACUUUAACGUUGUAAAUAUUUAUGUAAAACAUUAUUUACAAAACUUUGAUAUUAUAUAUUAUUUGAUUGUAUAUGUACACAGUGUAAAUACAUUUGUACCUCUCUCUUGUAUUCUAAAUAAAAAUUACU